AUGGACAUUAGCACUUCGAUCCCCCUGACCACCGCGGCGCCCCCAGAGCCCUACGAGCGCAUCCGCAAUGCCGCCGACAUCUCCGUCAUCGUCAUCUACUUCUUAGUGGUGAUGGCUGUAGGGCUGUGGGCUAUGCUUUCCACCAAUCGUGGGACUGUUGGAGGCUUCUUCCUGGCGGGUCGAAGUAUGGUGUGGUGGCCGAUUGGAGCCUCUCUCUUUGCCAGCAACAUUGGAAGUGGCCACUUUGUGGGACUGGCUGGGACAGGAGCCGCAUCUGGUAUUGCCACUGGAGGCUUUGAGUGGAAUGCCCUGAUUAUGGUGAUUGUGCUGGGCUGGGUGUUUGUCCCCAUCUACAUCAAGGCUGGGGUGGUGACAAUGCCAGAGUAUCUGCAGAAGCGGUUUGGAGGCAAGCGGAUCCAGGUCUACCUUUCCGUCCUGUCCCUGUUGCUCUAUAUUUUUACCAAGAUCUCGGCAGACAUCUUUUCCGGAGCUGUCUUCAUCCAACUGGCCUUGGGCCUGGAUCUCUAUGUAGCCAUUGUUGUGUUAUUGAUUAUCACUGGAAUCUUCACCAUCACAGGCGGCUUGUCGGCUGUGAUUUACACGGAUGCCUUGCAAACAUUGAUCAUGCUGGUGGGGUCUUGUAUUCUGGUUGGAUUUGCUUUUCAUGAAGUUGGAGGGUAUGAUGCCUUCACGGAAAAGUACAUGCAAGCCAUUCCCAGCAUAACUUCCGAGGGAAACUUCUCCGCACCCCAAGAAUGCUACACCCCAAGGGAAGAUGCCUUCCACAUCUUCCGAGACGCCAUCACUGGAGAUAUCCCCUGGCCUGGGCUCGUCUUUGGAAUGAGCAUCCUCACCCUGUGGUACUGGUGUACCGAUCAGGUCAUUGUGCAGCGUUGCCUCUCAGCCAAGAACAUGUCUCAUGUGAAGGCCGGCUGCAUCAUGUGUGGGUACCUGAAGAUACUGCCCAUGUUCCUCAUCAUCAUGAUGGGCAUGAUCAGUCGCAUCCUGUACACAGAUAGAAUUGCCUGUGUCGUCCCGUCGGAAUGUGAGAGGUACUGCGGCAUCAGGGUUGGUUGUACCAACAUUGCCUUCCCAAUCUUGGUGGUGGAGCUCAUGCCCAAUGGGUUGCGAGGCCUGAUGCUGUCGGUCAUGAUGGCUUCGCUCAUCAGCUCCCUGACCUCCGUCUUCAACAGUGCCAGCACCCUCUUCACCAUGGACCUCUACACCAAGAUCAGGAAGAAAGCAACUGAGAGGGAGCUCAUGAUUGUGGGAAGAGUGUUCAUGCUGUUCCUGAUUGCAAUCAGUAUUGCCUGGGUGCCCAUCGUACAGUCAGCACAGAGCGGGCAACUGUUCGACUACAUCCAGUCCAUCACCAGCUACCUGGGACCACCCAUUGCAGCCCUCUUCCUGCUGGCUAUUUUCUGGAAGAGAACCAAUGAACCCGGAGCCUUUUGGGGACUGAUCUUCGGAUUCCUGGUGGGAAUUUCUCGCAUGAUUGCCGAGUUUGCCUAUGGAACUGGGAGCUGUGUGGAGCCCAGCAACUGCCCCACGAUUAUUUGCGGUGUGCAUUAUUUGUACUUUGCCAUCAUCCUCUUUGUCAUUUCCAUCAUCGUCAUUGUCGCUGUCUCCCUCCUCACCAAGCCCAUCCCAGACGUGCAUCUCCAUCGUCUUUGCUGGAGCCUGCGCAACAGCAAAGAGGAGCGCAUUGACUUGGAUGCGAAAGAGGAGGAAAUUCAAGAACCUCCACCUGAAGCCAUGGAAAUAGGUAAAUUUUGUCCUGAGAAGAAGAAAGGAAUCUUCAGGCGGGCCUUUGAUCUGUUUUGUGGAUUGGACCAGGGUAAGGGACCCAAGCUGACCAAGGAAGAGGAGGAAGCCUUGAAGAUGAAGAUGACGGACACCUCGGAGGUGCCUUUGUGGAGGACUGUGGUGAACAUCAAUGGUGUCAUCCUGCUGACCGUGGCUGUCUUUUGCUACGCAUACUUCGCCUGA